GGAACCUCGGGGACAAAAAUCCUUGAGCCUGCCAUGGGGAGAUAAAUGAAAGGAGAUUUACACAGUUUCUCUAGUAAUCAUAGUGGUCCUUUAUUUGAAGAGGAAAAUGCAUGGAUUUCUGACUGAUGACAGGAGUCCUCCAAGCCUCCCUUCUCUCCCCAUUAUUGGGAGCCUUCUCAGUCUAAGAAGUGAAAGCCCACCACACAUCUUCUUUCAGAAGCUGAAGAAGAGGUAUGGAGAUAUUUAUUCUCUUAUGAUGGGCUCCCAUAAAGUUAUCAUCAUCAACAAUCAUCGCCAUGCAAAAGAAGUCCUGCUUAAGAAAGGGAAAAUAUUUGCAGGGAGACCACGCACUGUUACUACAGACCUCUUAACACGAGAUGGAAAAGACAUAGCAUUUGCUGACUAUAGUGCUACAUGGAGGUUCCAUCGCAAAAUUGUGCAUGGGGCUCUUUGCCUGUUUGGAGAAGGAACUACAUCUAUAGAGAAGAUUAUUUGCAGAGAGGCGAGAUAUAUGUGUGAGGUGCUGGCAGGGGUGCAGAGCUCUGCCAUAGAUCUGGCCCCAGAGCUGACCCGUGCCGUCACAAACGUGGUAUGCGCCCUGUGUUUUAACUCCUCAUAUAAACGCGAAGAUCCCGAGUUUGAAGCUAUGCUCCAGUACAGCCAGGGCAUUGUGGAUACAGUUGCCAAGGAUAGUUUGGUGGAUAUCUUUCCAUGGCUACAGAUGUUUCCAAAUGAAGAACUUAGACUUUUAAAGCAGUGUGUUUCGAUUAGAGACAAGCUACUUCAAAAGAAAUAUGAGGAGCACAAGGCAGACUAUAGUGACAAUGUCCAGCGGGACCUGUUAGAUGCGCUGUUGCGGGCCAAGCGCAAUGCUGAAAACAACAAUGUCAGCACUAAUGAUGUUGGACUAACUGAAGAUCAUCUGCUGAUGACUGUAGGGGAUAUUUUUGGAGCUGGGGUGGAGACUACUACCACUGUACUGAAGUGGUCCAUAGCUUAUCUUAUACACCAUCCACAGGUUCAGGAAAAGAUUCAGGAGGAGUUAGACAGUAAGAUUGGGGUGGAUCGGCACCCUAAACUUAGUGAUAGAGGAAAACUGCCCUACCUUGAAGCCACUAUCAGAGAGGUGCUCCGAAUCAGACCUGUCUCUCCACUUCUCAUCCCUCAUGUAGCCCUCUCAGACUCCAGUAUUGGGGAGUAUACCGUGCAGAAAGGGACACGAGUCAUCAUUAAUCUGUGGUCUUUGCAUCAUGAUGAAAAAGAAUGGAAAAACCCUGAGCUAUUUGAUCCUGGGCGAUUCCUGGAUGAGGAAGGUAACGGUGUUUGCAGCCCAUCAGUCAGUUAUCUGCCAUUUGGUGCUGGACUACGUGUGUGUCUUGGUGAGGCCCUAGCCAAAAUGGAGCUCUUCCUCUUCUUAUCAUGGAUUUUGCAACGGUUCACUUUGGAGAUGCCCAUUGGCCAGCCUUUACCAGACCUACAGGGCAAGUUUGGGGUUGUCCUCCAGCCCCAGAGGUAUAAGGUCAAUGCCAGGCUCAGGGCUUGCUGGGAAAAGAACCUACACAUUCACCCGGACAGUGAUGUUGAAACAGCCUAGUUUUUUUCCCCCCUCAGAUCAUUUUGCUUAAAAACUUAAGACUUCAUAGCUAAAUUCUUUUUAAUGUAGUUUUAGUGAUGUGUAUGAGCUAGAAGGCAAGGAUAAGCACUCCUCUUUGCACCUGUAGUAAAUAUAAAAUCUCAGCUACACUCUUAGUUUGAUAACUAAAAAAAAAAAAAAGGUACUUUUUUAAAGCAGGUUGUUUAUCAAGGUAAAUAAGACAUUUUCUUUGGAUGUAUCAAGAGCUCAGAACAUACGACUCAAAAUUACAAUCUGAACCAGACAGGUUUGAGCUAAUCUUUUUUCCUCCAAUCCUUUAAAUUGUGUUGUACUCACUGCUGUAAUUUGUUACAUUUUUAUAAAUACUGUAUAAAUGUGCCC